GGCGUUCCGACGCAAAGUGCAGUAUAUCCUCUGGACGCGGAGGGGAUCAAGAUAUGGGGGCACAGGGGUGUGAGCGGCGUGAAGCACCCAACGUCCUGACCUGCUCUGCCUGUCUCUCGCCUCCUCAUCGGGAGCCAAUGGCAACGCGUUUUCCAGCAGGUAAGAUCCAGAUUCGUCGAGUGUAGGAAGACAUUACUUUACCGUAGAUGAAAGAAGCGCGCUGAGGCCCCUGAAAAUAUCGGUAUCUGCAGCAGUCGUGGCGAUACCUGCCUACUUAUGUUCGAGUGUCAAGGUGACACGGGCGCCCUCAAUGGCUCCCCUGAGCCUGAGUGGGUGGAUUGAAUCAGUGGACUUGGCUUCCUGAGAUGAAAUUACUUGACAGAAAUCAAUCGCACAAACCAUUUGACGGGCGUCAAAUUUCCCCGACCAAAAGACGAAAAAAUUCAAGACUUCAACAGAACCUGUUUUUCUAACCAAAAGUUUUGAAUUCAGGACAGAAGUAAUUGGCGUCAUUUGACCCGAGUUUGACGGAUCAUGAAAUUCUUAAGGACGUGCGUGCGCAUUACGGGUUGAAAGAAUGUGAGUUGAACAGCAUUCCCCAAACCAACAAUGUUGGCAACAAACAUGGCAGAGAACGGAUCGCUUGUCACAGUGUCAGGAGCAGCCCUCUCCUUACUGUUAUACGAGAAUGUUCGGAGUCUUGGUGACCAGAUUGGAUUUUUGGUGGGAGAAGUUGUUGUAUUUGUUACUAAGAAUGUCACAGAUUCAGAUCGUCAGAUUGAACACAUACAAACACACAUUGAAGUCAAUACGAUUAUUACCUGUCCAACAACAAAUUGGCUAUGUAAUGGGAUAGGACAAGUGGACAGGGAAAGGCUUAAUGACUUUAUACGUAAUAAAAGCAAAGAGAUUGUUGGUUGGUUUCGUUUCAGAAAAAAUGAAUCCUUGAUACCAACGUUGCAGGAUAAAAUACUACACAAAGAACUCAGUUCUUUCCUCUGCAGUACCGGUACUCAAGAUCAUCAAUUAUUUACCAUGUGCCUUCUCAAUACAUCCACAUCAAACCGUGGUGGAACACAUAAAUUUAGACACGUUUUUCUUCGAUAUAAAAAUGGAACCUUUGAGCCAAUCCCACUACGAAUAAACAAUCUACAAGAUGACUCUACGCGGCUGGAUGGAUCGUAUUAUAAACCAACACCUUUGCACAAAUCACUGUCCAAGGCUGACGUGUUUAGCAGAAUAAUCAAUUCUCUCAAUUUGAAUCUGAAAAAAACACCUGGAACAGAACUGGUAACUUCUAUUCAAAAAGCAGCCGAACAUCACUUGGAUGAUUUGAUUCCACAAUUAUCAGACUCAGACCGUGAGGUUGCUCAUUUAGAAAACAAAGUUCGUGAACUACAGACUCAAAUACUUGCAAAAAAGUUAUCAAACAGAACUACUGGACACAAAACAUCGUGCACAACAAAAUUGAAUACUCAGAAAGAAAAGAACGAGCAAGAAAGAGAGAAGAAGAAAGAAGAAACCAAAAUGUCCACUGUCAGAUUGAAAAACGAAUUGAUCGACAUGUUUAGUAAAGACUGCGAUCUACCUAUCAAAUAUGAAGCAACCUUACAGAGGCAGCUUUCACACUCACAAUCAAACAAACAAAAAAAUCUUGUAAUCCAGGCGCAGAAGAGUGUGAAUGUGAAUUCAAAAGUAGUCAAUCAAGACAAUGAAGAGGAAAAUAUUGGACAUGCGGCUUUAAAAUCAAACACAAAUAACGUUCAAGAUCCAUUUGCGGCUGCAGUGGCGGUAAUGAAGAUGGAUAUGGGUGGGCACAGUUCAAAUAAAGAAAGACGUUCUCAAUCCAGAGAGCCGAGCUCGAGUCCACAAUUUGUGAUCUCCGUUAACCGUUUGGAACGGAAUGAUUCAAAUUCCAGCCCCCCUGGCAUUGGAAGGGGAGGGUCCGGUAGGGGCUUUGGAAACCGAUCGGUAUUAUCAGACUCGAAUGUUGGAUCGAAAAAGGCCCGUCGAGGUAAACCCAAAGUUGCUGCAGAAAAGUACAAUGCGGCGAGCCCAUCAACCGAGCAAGAUAAUAAACCAAAGGUUGUUGCACAGCUAGAAUUCCCAGUUACUUCCCUGUCUUAUAGCCAAGCUGCACGUAAAGCUAAUGACACUAAUUCAAUUCGAUCAGACUCGCAAGAGUAUUGAAAUUAUAUUGCGGGUCACGAGACGUAAGUUUUGUUCAAACCAUGUUAUGUAUACAAGAUUCCAGCACGAGGUUCUGGUAAUAAUAAAAUCACUAACGAAUAGAAUAAUGUCGGAGUUUUUUUUUUAUAAAAAUUAGAGUUCUGUUUUUCUUUCAUCUACAUAAUAACACAGGGAAACUAGACAACUUCAGUGCGUUUUUAUCAUAAAUAAGUUACUGCGUUAAAGCUCACAGCGACGAUCGAGAACAAAUUGUUAUUCUUAGCAAUUGCAAACUUGAGUUUUUACGAAUCGUUCGUAUUACAACUUUUAUUGUUACAUGAUAGAUUUACAACUUGAAACAACUCUGUCUCUAUCACGAUCACGAUUUAUCUUAUGAUGUAUGAGCGAUGACCUACUCUAUUAAAAUACGUAAUAACUGAGUUGAAAUUUUCAGUUGUAGAUUCAGACAAAAACUCAGUUUUAUACUUCACGUAUUUCGAAGCGUAAUGAGCUAAUCUACUACACGUUGGAUUUAAUGUGAAACGAGGUCUGCUUAUUUGACCAUGGUUGAAUUUACGCGUAGCUGGAAAAAAUAGGAAAAAGCAUCUAUUGCGUGUAAUGAUUGAACCUUAUUAUAAGAAUAAAUUACUGUGAUGUUAUGAUUUUGAAUAUUUAUUACUGUUGUACUGCUUGACACAAAAAUAAUCAAACUUGAUAAGAUCUGCCCUCAUUAUUUUGCGUAGGGUAUUGAUAGCGUUAAUACAUGUGAUAUGAUCAACGAAUUCAGGCCCACAGGUCGGGAUUCGUUAGCGUGAUGUUCAUUAUAUUCAGAGAUAAACUCGCUAGAAAUAUCACGCGUUAGUAUUUUAUUAAGAACUUCGAAACAAAAGGCUGAAAUAAAACUUGUCCAAAUAUCGCGAA